AUGUCGUCAGAAGAAAUGAAGAAACAUGUAUCAGAAAAAAUUCCGGAAAAAGAUGAAACUAAAUACAACGCACUUGAAAUUCAACUCGAUGCCGAGCAAGCUUAUAAGGAGAUACCAAUGUCUUCUCUAGAAGUAUUACGAAUCACCCCAACGCCCCCACCAACAGAUGACGCAGGGGAUACUUUUGCAGAACGGGAUGAAAAGACGAAAAAACAAUUCGGGUCGCAAUUCAAUUUUUAA